CUGUAGUCUGUACAACAAAAGCAAAACAUUUGGGUGUGAUAUUGUGUGGUUUAAACUUAUUAAAAUAUUAAAUAAAAUAAAAACAAUUCUUAUAUAUACUUAAAAUUUUCAGUUUUCAGUGAUGAAGGAAACUAAAAUGAGUUCUCACCUAUCGGGCGGAAGGUUAAACGUUGCUAUAUUACAAGAAACUUUGAGAAAAGAGUUGUUAAAUCUCUUGCAGUUGUGUGAAGGAAAAAAGGUGACAAUCUGGGAUGAAUGGUUAGCUGGACCUGUAGGUUUGGUAGCACAGUACUCCUUGCUGAAGGAGCAUGAAGUAGUGGACAUGUUUCCCCUGAGACCGGGCAGCCUGCCCACUAUAUCUGUCAAACACAUAAUAUUCAUAGCUCGCCCAAAGUUGGCACUUAUGGACCUUGUUGUGGAUUACAUCCAUUCUUUGAGGACAAAACAAACUUCUCCUGUGGAGUUCCACUUGUUCUUUGUGCCCAGAAAGAGUGAGCUCUGUGAGAAACAUCUAAAGAACAGAGGAGUACUCUCUAACCUGUCACUGCAGGAGUUCAAAUGUGACAUCUUCCCCUUUGACAGUGACGUCAUGUCCUUGGAACUGCAGAAUGACUUUAGAGAAAACUAUUUGGAAGGGGAUCCCACAUGCUUGUAUAAUUCAGCGCAGGCACUGCGCACCAUACAGCAACUUUACGGAAUCAUUCCACGUGUUUAUGGCAAAGGCAAUGCUGCUAAGCAAGUAUGGGACCUGCUUUGUCGGUUGAACAAGGAGGAGCAAGGUACUGGUCCGCGCGGCGCGACUACGUCCUGUAUCGACCAGCUCUUGCUGCUGGACCGCGCCAUAGACUUCACCAGCGUCAUGUCCACGCAACUCACCUAUGAGGGGCUUAUUGACGAACUGUACGGUAUAAAAAACUCCACGGCCACAUUCCCCGGCCACAAGUUCGUCAGCCCGGACGACGCGAGCCCUGAAGUGACCGCGCGCGAACGGAAACGCAUCAUCCUCAACUCUAGCGAGGAACUCUUCGCUGAACUGAGGGACUGUAACUUUACCACGGUGGGACCAGCACUAUCCAAGAAAGCUCGCGUCAUUAAAACCCAGUUAGACGAGCGUCACAACGACAAGUCGGUGCAGGAAAUAAAGCAGUUCGUAUCACGCUUGCCGCAAAUGUUGGCCAACAAACAAUCCUUGGCCACGCACAUGGCCAUUGCGGAGUACAUUAAAGAGACUACAGACACCUUCGACUUCCACGACACCAUCCAAUGUGAAGAGGAUUUCUUGAAUUGUAUAGACAAUGAAAAAGUUUGCUCUUUUAUAGAAGAUCUCAUUGCGCAGAAGGCACCAUUAACUAAGAUACUUCGACUUAUUUGCCUCCAAUGCGUGACGGGGUCAGGCCUGAAGCCCAAGGUACUGGAGUACUACAAGCGGGAGCUGGUGCAGGUGUACGGCCUCAACACCUGGCUCUCCCUGUGCAACCUGGAGAAGUGCCUGCUGCUGCGUCCACAGACCGGCACCAGGCAAUACGCGGUACUUAGAAAGACCCUACACCUAACGAUGGACGACUCUGAACUAAACGCGAAGGAAAAGAGCUACCUGUCAAGCAAAUAUGUACCGCUCACCGUCCGACUUAGUGAACACAUAGCCAAAAAUAAGGGAUGGACUGGUAUAGCAGAUGUAUUAGGAAAUCUUCCUGGACCAACUUUAGAAGAGCUCCAAAGUCUACAGCCUCGUAUGACGCGACGUAAUUCAAUAUCGAGCGAAAACUCAUCGUCCAUAGAAACUCCCAGAGUGAUUCUUGUUUUCUUUAUUGGAGGUUGCACUUAUCAUGAAAUCUCUGCACUAAGAAGUCUUAGUCAGCAAGAAGAUUCCAAUGUAGAGUUUGUGAUACUCACUACUAAAUUAAUAAAUGGCAACACUUUCAUUGAAACACUAAUGGAAGCUGAUUAGUAAAAAAAUUGUAACAAUGUAAUAUGGAAAUUAUCAUUGAAAUAACAAUGUUAAUGUUCUAUGAUUAAAAAUUAAACUAAAAUAAUUAUUACUGUAUAAUAUGUUCAGUUAUAUCAAUACAUUAUUAUGUUUAAGGA